AGAAAGAGAGAAAGGAAAGUAAGCUUGUAGUUCAAGUUAAGCACACACCCUCGUCAACAGUAUUGAGUCAAGAUGAGAUGGGUAUUUUGCAUAGUUUUAUAUUCCCACUUCCAAUCAUCUCCCAAGUUUCUGCUAUAUCAGUUAAUAAUUGUAUACUUUUGAGAGACAGAUCAUCGAUCUUCAAAAUAGGAAUGGUGGUGGAGGAAUUGUUAGUCGGAGCGGCUUUGGGUGCUUUAUUAGGAGAGUUGCUGAAAGGGGUUAUGAAUUUGAUGGAAAAAUCCGUUCAUUUCAAACCUGAGCUUGAACUACUCAAAUCACAGAUUGAGUUUUUACAGCCAUUAGUGGAUCAGGUGGAUGAGCUUGGUGAGGAUUUCAAGCUUCGCUAUUCUGAUCAAACCUUGAAGAUACUCAUACGUAAAGGUAAGCAACUUAUUAGAGAAUGCAAUGAUGCUGCCAUACAAAAUACUCUCUCCAGGUACUUCAAGAUUCAACUAUGUUACACAAAAGACCUUCGAAGAUUGGAUGCUGAACUUAAAAGGGCGGGAAGCAAUUUGAGGUUGGAAUUAUACGUACAACAAAUGAAGAAAUUACAAGCUCUGGAAAUUAAUUACAAUAAUGAUGGCCGCUAUGGUCGAAUUCUAGAUCGAGCCAAAUUAAUUGUAACCAGCAUCCUUACGCAUGUUGGUUACAAUUUUACAUUUGUAACCAACAUCCUCGAUAAACUAUUUUCGGGCGAGAGUGGGAGUAAUAAUAAUAAAUAUAAUAUCAAGCUGCCCUUGCUGUUUUAUCACGAUCAGAGACUCAAAGGGAAAGCCGGUGUAAAUUCUUUACAUGCUUUGUUGGGAAGAGCUGUAGAACACAUCAAGGACGACCCAAAGAAAGGCCGGAUUGCGGGAAUAAUUGAAGAGAUAAUAAAGAAGUGGGGGGAAGGUAGAUUUGAGAAGAUAUUUCAUCGCACGUUUGAAACAACUAUUGUAGCAGCUGACGAAAAGCUUCAAAUAUGGUUUGCUUGUAAUUUGUCAACUACAAGAGAGAGAGGUGAAAAUGAAACAGUAGCAGCAUUUGGUGUUUUAUUUGUAUCUUCAGCAAAGCUUGCAUUCUGGAGUUUCAAACCUACUCCACUACCACAUUCCUCCAAUGUUAAUACACAAUCCCUGUAUCUCAAGGUAGUUAUACCAUUUGAGCUACUAAAAGACGUUGAGUAUGAUGGAGAUCAAAAAUGCAUACGAGUCAUCGCCAUUGAUGACCAGAAAUUUGAGUUUAUGAAUUUCCGGAACUACAAUUUCGCUAAAGAAGGCAUCCAACAAAUUCCACUCGCACCCAUUUGGACUCGCUAGCUCUACAAACUCUCUCUGCCUUAAUUCUUGGGUUGGAACUUGAAGAUAAUUUAUUUCCAUCUUUAAUUGGAACUUUGGAAUUUCAAGAGAUUAAUUGUGACUAUGUUUGUAUCCUGAAAUUUCAAAUUAAAAGACUUAUAACUGUUAUAUGUUUGUUUAUUGUCCAUAUAAUUAACUUCAAGAGGUUUGUGAUAA